AUGAAGCCUUUAACACUCAGACUGAACAAUGAUGGCGGAGUUGAGAUCGGCAUCAUCCGUAUCUCCGCUCCCGAUCACACUCUAAACGUCGUUGUUCCAAUCGGUACAGAUUUUCAUUCCCCGACAACAAUUCUUGAAACCAAUCAUCCAUCUAAAACAGCUAAAACUCAGACAAUAUCUCAGAGUAAGGAUUACAGCUGCAUGGAGGAUAUUGUGUUUUCAAUUCCACUUACGAUUCCUGGUGCAUUUGUUCUCAAGUUGAAGAAUGCAACCAAUGUCGGACCAGCAGUCCAUUUUAUCGUUGACCCAGUCAUUACUAUUAACAAUAAGAAGGUUCCUGCAAGUGGCUUAAACAUACAAACAAAUUAUGGGCGCUGCAUCGGUACUCUCGAUAAGUGGCUUGAAAAUUUAACGCCAAUUUCCAAGAUCGGAUACAACAUGAUCCAUCUCCCACCUUUCCAAGAACUUGGCCACCAUUCUCACUACUCUAUUAAGGACCAACUCCAAAUCAGCAAAUACCUUCUUCCAAAGGGCUUUGAUAAGUCCAAGGCCUGGAAUUUAUUUACGAAAACAGUCAAAGAGAUCGAAUCUAAGCUCAAUAUCGUUUUUAUGGUUGAUAUCGUUCUCAACCACACAAAUCAAGAUUCUCCACGGCUCUCUGACCACCCAGAAGCCGGCUACAACGAAGAGAACUCUCCACACCUUAUUCCAGCAAUUUAUCUCGAUAAUCUCUUAAACGAGCUUUCCAACGAGAUCGCAGCUGGCAAAGUCGAGAAUCUUCCACCAGAUCUUCCAGCAUCCAAGCGCGACGAGCUCUACAACUUCCUUCGUAAAAGAAUCUUGGAAAGUGACUUCGCUCGCUUCUUUACAAUUGACGAGAAGAAGGCAAUCGAAACAUUGGCCAACUCCGACGAUUCCAAUCUCACAAAGAGCAUGGAGAUGCUCCGCAUGAGAUCAUUAAACUACGGAUCUCCACAGCGCCUCAACAUUCUCCGCACACGCGGUGUCAUCAAUGAGGGAACAUACAAGAUGGACUCGAUCCAUAUCGAUAACAGCUACGCAAUGGCACUUUUCAAGUUCCCUGGUCGUACUGAUGAAUCUCGCCUCCACGAGUUCGAGCUUGCCAUCAAGACAAUCAACGCUCCUUUCGUACAGCAUUUCGAAAACCUCGUCAACGAUGUUGUUACUGCAAUUGUCAACGGAUUCUGCUACAAUCGCUACGAUCCAAACGGUCCAAAGCUUGGCCCUAUCACAGUCAAGACACCAAUCUCAUGGCGCUACUUCACACCAAUUACAGCCUUCAAAGGAACGAAACAAGAAAAAUUAUUACAUCUCGCCAACAACGGAUGGCUCUUCGGUGCCAAGCCAACAGAAGAUUUCAUCUCCAAGAACAGCGAAGCAUACUUACGCAGACAAGUCGUCAUUUGGGGCGAUUGCGUCAAAUUACGUUACGGAGACAAGCCAGAAGACAAUCCAUGGCUCUGGAGCUACAUGCAGAAGUACGUAGAGUCAGUUGCCCGCGUUACUCAUGGCAUCAGACUCGACAAUGCCCACUCAACACCAUUAAACGUCGCAGAGUACUUCAUUCAAAAAGCCCGUGAUGUAAAUCCAAGCCUGUACAUCAUGGCCGAACUCUUUACAGGCGGCGAAGAUGAAGAUAUCAAGUACAUCAACCACAUUGGUAUCAAUUCCAUUCUCCGCGAGGCCUUCCACAACCUAGCACCCGACAAACUCUCCCACAUGCUCUGGUUAUCCGGUGGCCGCCCUGUUGCCGCUAUCGAUCCUCUCGAUACAGAAUCAAUAUUACGUCCACUUCGCCAGAUUCCAGGUGUUAUCUUCGAUCUUACACACGACAACCCCACACCAUAUUUCGACAGGUUGUCAGCCGCCGCAGCCAUCACAAUGGCCUCAUCACCAAUUGCUACAACACGAGGAUUCGACGAAUACCUUAAUUUCAAUCCAUCAGUUGUUGAAGAGUUCAGAAUCUAUCCACACACAGACAAACCAGUUGGCAUCCAAGCCGCCAGACUCUUCUUCAACGAGUUGCACACAAAAAUGGCUGUUAAUGGAUUGGAUGAACUCAUGGCUCACUACCACGGAAAUCUCCUUUCUCUCUUCAGAUACAACUCUCACACAGGUGUUGGAGUAUGGAUGGUCACAAGAACAUCAAAUGACAACUGGGUGAAUGAGUUAGAGUGUCUUGCUCCAAUAAAGAACUUGAUUUUCGAGGCAAGAACGGCAUCAGUCAAAUACAAUGAUUCGACUGAAGAAGAGAUUAUUCCAGGAGAUGUCGAUGUAGAAAUCAACACUAAUUUCAAGAAGAUGAAAUUCUGCGAGAUCAGAAACAACUCACAUUUAGUUCUCAACGAUUUCCCUGUUGGCGCUGUUGUUGCUUUCUCAACACAACUCCCUCAGCCACAGCUCCAACUCCUCAAGGACUUAGAAGUGAGAAAACUCGCUGAUGACUUAGUCAAAUGGACAUCACAGCUUUCUUUCGCUGAUCUCUCAAUCCUCAUGUUCAGAUGCGGUGCAGAAGAAGGCGCACAGAUAGGAACAGGCAGCUACUCAUUCCCUCAGUACGGACCAUGUUUCUAUGCUGGUACACAAGGUAUUUUGACUGCAUUUGAUUCAUCGAAAGACAUGGGAAGUCCGAUCUUCCAGAACAUGAGAGAUGGAAACUGGUUAUGUGACUUCAUGAUCAAGAGAUUGUAUCAGGCACCACAUCUCAUUCCAAUUCUCAACUUCAUGAGAGGAAAGCUUGAUAAGAUCAUCACAUUGCCAAGAUUCACAAUUCCUAAGUACAUCGACAGAUUGAUCAGAGCUCUCGACAUCUUCGGAAGAGAACAACUCGUCAGGAACAUGUCCAAUUUUGUAAAGAAUGGCGAUGAUUUCGUUCAAUCACUCGCUUUCUCAAGUGUCGCUUUGUACGGCCCAGUCAGAGAUGCUCCUUUGAUUAACUCUACACUCUCAAAGAUAUUCGAUGACACGUUAGUUGAGAGACAGGAUUGUUGCUUGGCCGCUGGUUUACCACACUUCUCAAGCGGAUACAUGAGAUCGUGGGGCAGAGACACAUUCAUCUCUUUGAGAGGCAUCUUCAUGACAACAGGAAGAUUCACUGAAGCACGCGAUCACUUGAUUGCAUUCGGUGCUUGUUUGAGACAUGGUUUGAUUCCAAAUCUCCAUGAUUCAUGUCUUAAUCCACGCUACAACGCAAGAGAUGCAACAUGGUGGUUCUUGCAAGCACUCCAGGAUUACGCACUCAUGGCUCCAGACGGAAAGGAAGUUUUCACAUGGAAAGUUCCUCAGCUGUUCCCAACAGAUGACCAGCAGCAGUUCGAGAGAAGAUGGGCUGGAAAGCAGACAAGACCAAUCAGAACAAUGGCCGAUGUUGUCAUGGACAUCAUGACAAGACACGCAAACGGAAUUCACUUCGUUGAAUGGAAUGCAGGAACAAAGAUUGAUUCCGUAAUGGUCGAACACGGCUUCCACAUCAAUAUCGUCACUGAUUGGUCGAAUGGCUUCAUUCUCGGCGGAAACUGCGACAACUGCGGCACAUGGAUGGACAAGAUGGGAUCAUCAACAUGGGCAAAGAACAGCGGUGUCCCAUCAACACCAAGAGAUGGUGCUGCAAUCGAAAUCAUCGGUUUGCUCGCUUCAACACUCAGAUGGCUCAGCGAAGAAAACAAGGCAGGAAGAUUCCCAUACGACGGUGUCAAUGUUGAAGAGUCCGGAAAGAAGAUUACUUUCAACGAAUGGCACUCAAUCCUCGCUGCAAACUUCGAGAGCUGGUUCUACAUCCCAGCUGAUGCUUCGGAAGAUGACAAGUACUUCAUCGAACACAGUUUCGUUUCUGUCAGAGGAAUCUACAAAGAUACUGUUGGCGCUUCAAACGAAUUCGGUGAUUACCAGUUCAGACCAAAUGUUCCGAUCGCUAUGACAGUUGCUCCAGAGUUAUUCGACCCACGCCACGCAAUCCACUGCUUGAACUUGGUCGAGGAGAGACUCAUGGGAAAGAUCGCAAUGAAGACACUCGAUUCAGCAGAUUGGAGAUACAACCCUUACUACGAAAACUCAGUAGAUAAUGACAAUUUCUACUCAGCAAAGGGAGCAAACUACCACAAUGGCCCUGAAUGGGUUUGGCCAACAGGCUACUUCUUCAGAGCUUCAAUGAAGAUGUCAAGAGGUGUAACACCAGGAAUGACAAAGAUGCUCGCAAACAUCAAGUCAUAUUUGCUCAAUUCUUGGGCUAAAGGUCUCCCAGAAUUGACAAACUUAAACGGUGCUGUUUGCAAUGAUUCCUGCGUAACUCAAGCAUGGUCUAUCGCUGCCAUUCUUGAUAUCCUCUACGACCACAAUGGAUACUCAAAGGAAGAUGUUACAAAAUGGUCAGCUGCAGAAAGAUUAGAUUAG